GAGACGGGGUCGCCAUGGCGACGGAAGGCGGCGUCAUGGCGGAGCGGCGGCCGUCCGAGGGGAGCGGAGACGGGACGGGCCGCGCCGUCGCCUCCCCGCGUCCCUCCGCCCAGCCUCUCCCGGUGGAGAACCAGCCGUACGACGAGAGCCUGGAGCUGCCGGAGACCGAGGAGGCGGCGGGGAGCGUGAACCGCCCGCGGGGCUCCCGCCGGCCGGGGCCGCCGUGGUCGGGAGGCGGCGGGCCGGGAGCGCGGCCCAGCGGCGCGGGAGAGCGCAGCAACGACGGGGAGGGCGGUGGCAGCAAGGAAACGGCGGCCCGGCCGGGACCCUCCGCCGCCAGCGAGGACGACGACGACGACGAUGACGACGACGACGAUGACGACGAUGAUGAGGACUCCUCCGAGAGCGACUCAGAGGACGACUCGGAGGAGCGCGGGGCUCCGCUGGAGGGUGACUACAACCUAGCAGACUACGACUACCUGCCAGUAUCCCCUGAAAUUAAGGAACUCUUUGAAUAUAUAAGGAGGUACACUCCGAAAACGAUAGAGAUUGAGCACAAACUGCAGCCUUUUAUUCCAGACUUCAUUCCUGCUGUUGGAGACAUUGAUGCCUUCCUAAAGGUCCCACGCCCAGAUGGCAAGCCUGAUAACCUCGGUCUGCUGGUCUUAGAUGAGCCAUCAACGAAGCAGUCGGAUCCCACAGUACUCUCUCUUUGGCUAACGGAGAAUUCCAAACAGCACAACAUUACACAGCAGAUAAAAGUGAAAAGUGUGGAGAAUGCAGAGAGGAACCCCAAGGCCAUUGACAGCUGGAUUGAAAGUAUCAGUGAACUACACCGCUGCAAACCGCCUGCCACUGUCCACUACAGCCGGCCCAUGCCUGACAUAGAGACCCUCAUGCAGGAGUGGUCACCAGAAUUUGAGGAGCUCUUGGGAAAGGUGGGCCUCCCAACUGCAGAAAUGAACUGUGACUUGGCUGAAUACGUUGACAUGAUAUGUGCAAUUCUGGACAUCCCUGUGUACAAGAGCUGGAUCCAGCCUCUGCACGUCCUUUUUUCACUCUACUCAGAGUUCAAGAACUCCCAGCAUUUCAAGCCUCUGGCUGAAGGGAAGAAGGCUAGGAGCCCUCCAUCCAACACGCUUCCACAUUCAGCAGAAGCAGAAGUAUUAAGCUUUACUUGAAGCUUCACUUUAAAACCUCAUCUCUCAGAUCAGCAUUUGCUGCUGGACAUAGAUAUUUGACCAGAGCAACCUGUGAAGCAACGCACAGCAUUUGAAAAGCCUCCCUUAGAUAGAUACUGAUGAGUUAUUCUCCACUUGUAAGUAGAACUCUACUCUUCACAUUUAUAGCAGACGCUGCCUAAUAGCUCCACUUUGACUCAUCCCCAGGGAAUAAAGCAUUAAACUCACUUUUCCAAAUGACAGACUCCAUGUGGCACUGAUGCUGCAGAGCAGAGUCUCACAGAGUGUGUGCUACAGCAUGUAGGAAUAAAUUCCAUGUUUUGACACAAAA